GUCUGUUGGGCCCGGGUGUUGGGUUGGUGGGGGCCGGGUCUGCGUGCCCGCCGACCUAGCCGAGGGACCCUGUGUGCCAGGAAAGGAGUGAGCGCUGAGUUGUGUGCAGAGAACCCACGGCUCUGCUUCGCGCCCAAAUCCCUGGGCAGUCUGCAGCGGGGGAGGCAGACACAUCACUGUCCCAGAAAGCAAUAUGCUGGGCCUUCUCUUGGAGGUCUCUCAGAUUCAUCCUGCAGACAGCGGAAUGGAAGGAGCGUAGCUCUUCGAGUGCCAUGGAAUGCGAGCUUUGAUAUCCUCAUGGUGAUCUCUGCAGGAUUUGUUGAUGCCUUCUUGCCUGAAGAGUCUCCGGCUGCUCUGAGGAUGGCUUAGGAAGACUGCAUGCUGCUCCCUCUCCCUGCCAUGUCAGGCCCACGCGGAGCCGCAGAUCUCAGUCCUUCAUGGAGACCAAGUCCCAGCAGGACCGGCAGUGCGUGAAAUCGGCACCCAGAUGGCUCGUCCACAUGAGGUCGUCUUGGGCUGUGGGCCGACGUGAGGACACCUGGUGGCCGGGCCGGCCCUCUGCCAGUCACCCGAGGCAGGGCAGCAUGGUGCACGUUCAGAGGAGGAAGCUCUUGGCGUCCUGCCUGUGCAUCACAGCUAUUGUCUUUCUGCUUGUCACAUUACAGGUUGUGGUUGAAUUGGGGAAAUUCGAAAGGAAAAUGUUUAAAAAUUCCCAUUUGCAAGAUGGACAUGAAAAAGUGGAAGAAGAGUCCAAACAUCUCAGUGUACUUUUAAAGAAUAGGAAGAAAACGUUGGAAGUUGAUGGCCACCCCAUCAUGCUCUGGUGGUCCCCACUAACCGGGGAACCUGGACGGCUGGGCCAGUGCGGAGCAGAUGCUUGUUUCUUCACAAUCAACCGGACCUACCUACAUCACCCCAUGACGAAAGCAUUGCUCUUCUACGGUACCGACUUUAACAUAGAUAGCUUACCUCUGCCUCGGAAAGCCCAUCAUGACUGGGCCCUAUUCCAUGAAGAGUCUCCAAAAAACAAUUAUAAGCUCAUUCAUAAGCCAGUCCUCACUUUGUUCAACUACACGGCCACAUUCAGCAGGCAUUCCCACUUGCCACUAACUACGCAGUACCUGGAGGGUGUAGAUGCCCUGAAGUCACUCCGAUAUGUAGUUCCUUUGCACUCCAAAAACAACCUAAGAAAAAGACUUGCUCCGCUGGUGUAUGUACAGUCAGACUGUGACCCGCCAUCAGAUAGGGACAGCUAUGUCCGUGAGCUAAUGACUUACAUUGAGGUGGAUUCCUAUGGUGAGUGUUUACGUAACAAAGAUCUUCCUCAGCAGCUGAAGAAUCCAGCUUCUAUGGAUGCCGAUGACUUUUAUAGGAUCAUGGCCCAGUAUAAGUUUAUCCUUGCUUUUGAGAAUGCAGUUUGUGAUGACUACAUCACAGAGAAGUUCUGGAGACCACUGAAACUCGGAGUAGUUCCUGUGUAUUAUGGGUCCCCCAGCAUCAUGGAUUGGCUUCCAAGUAACAGAAGUGCUAUUCUUGUAUCAGAAUUCACUCACCCCAGACAACUGGCAAAUUACAUUAAACAAUUGGACUAUGAUGACAGAUUGUACGAGGCCUACAUAGAAUGGAAGCUGAAGGGUGAGAUCUCUAACCAGAGACUCCUGACAGCUCUCAGGGAGCGGAAAUGGGGAGUGCAAGACAUCAACCAGGACAACUACAUUGAUGCGUUUGAGUGUAUGGUGUGCAACAAGGUGUGGGAAAACAUUAGGCUACAGGAAAAGGGCUUACCUCCCAAAAGAUGGAAGGCCGAAGUGACCCACUUGAGCUGCCCAGCACCCGCCAUGUUUGCCUUCUCCUCAGCCUCUCAUUGCCCUCACUGCCCUCGGGCUCCACAAGGGAACUCCUUGCGAGAGAUGUGGGUAGCAAGCUUCCAACAAUCCAGAAAGGAAGCCCAGGCACUGAGGUGGCUGGUUGAUAGGAAUCAAAAUUUUUCAUCUCAAGAGUUUUGGGCCCUCGUGUUCAAAGACUGAUUUCAAAAUGCACUAGAGUGUCAUAGACUGGAUGAAGGUUGUUUUCUAAGUUGCCUUAAUAUUUGAAAAUAACAGCUAUUUUGCUGACUACCAUGAGGAGAAGAAUUAAUUGCUGCAGUUAUCAUAAUGAGCCCCAUGAAAUAAUAGAUAUGAAUUAUCCUUACAGGCUGUCUCUGUAUUUUUUAUACUAAAAAGUGAGUAUUUUUGAUGGACAUUGGGCAUCUCCAGUUUACAUGUGUAGAUGCACAUCCUUGCUGCCUUUUAUGGAAAGUCACCUAAUGUACAGUGGGUGUUUUCCUUGCUGCAGUAGAACUAGAAGGUCUAGCUGUGGGUUUUUGGUAGUUUUCUCACUGUCCGCAGCGUGUUAGUGUUUGGCAAGCCCAAUGUCUCAGGGCCGAGCGUGAACACCAAGUGCAUUAGAACUGGGCAACGAGAGAGUCCAUCUGUUUGCUUCCAGGGAUGAAGUAAGAAAAGCUUAUCUGUCCAGCUUACCUGCUAUGUACUCUAUAAUAAUAAUAAUAAUGAUAAUGAUAAUAAUAAUAAUAAUACCUGACAGGUCAAAAGAAUAUACGGAUAUCUGCCUUCUCCACAUUCUCAGCCACCUCUGCAGCCUGUUUUAUGUUCACCUUGCCCAGAGGCCUGCUCCCAUUUCUCCUCCAGAGUGGAGAGUUGUGUAGAGAUGUAACUCCUCUCUAUGUAUUUUUGUUUUGUUUUGUUUUUGUUUGUUUUGGGAGACAGGGUCUCAUUAGAUAGCCUAGGCUGGCCUUGAACUUGCAGUCCUCCUGACUCAGCCUCCUGAGUGCAGGAAUGGCAAACAUACAUCAUCAUAACUGCCUUCCUUGUGUAUUUCGAUCAGUGAAAUCUUAUAAAUCAUUCCUUAUAUUGAUGAGUAAUAAUAAUUGUCUGGUUGAAUCUGGCCGGCUUAUAGGUUUUAAUCAGUGUAACAGGGGAAAUGAGAUGCUAAUUUGUCCCUAGGGUGAUGCACAGCCCAUCGCGAUGGGCAGCCCAAGGUGUUCACUUUGUGAGCGUUUCCUGCUUUCUGAUUCUAUCACAGACGAGGUUCAGCUGUCCUUUCUGGGGCAUCCCCUGGAGGUCCACGAAAGACGAAGAGAACACAGGCUCGCAUUUUCUUUCUGUGCAACGGAGACACUGCAGCCUGUUGCCAUCUGGUGUGUCAUGGCUUCCUCAUUCCGUACUGAGGAGAGGCUCAAGCCACAGCGGGCACCCAGAGGACAUGGCAUAAGGGGAGAUUUUGGAAUGCUCCCAUGAUGCCAGCCACCCUUUCAUUGCCCACUAGUGCCACUAUCGUGCCUACCAUGGGUAGAGUCUUCUGUACAUAGCCCCUCUCUGGCCAUGGCAGCCAGCGUGUGAGAAAUGAGGGCCAAGCCUGAACAUCCUUUAGGAGCAGGAAGGAACAUGUUGCUGGGUAUCUGAGACUGGGCUCCCAAGCCCAGAUCUGCCCUUAACUAAAUGUGAUCAUGGACAAGUGUCUUAACCUCUGUGGGCCUUAGCUUUGCAUCUAAAGCCAAAUGACUGGGGCUAGACUUUCACAUCAUUUCCUGUGUAAUAUUCUUUAAUUUUCAUCAAAAUUUAAGAGGCUUAAUAUUCUAGGCUUUUUAUUGCUAAGACAGUAACAAACUAACUCAGAGCAACUGGGGUAUACAUACUGGGUAGUAUUGGGGAUGAAGGAGGCUUUAUUUCUCUGAAAUAAAGUAGAAAAGCUUAGAAAGGGGGGUUGUUUGUUAAAGGCUGGUUUUUAAACUGUAUAUUAAAUGAAGUGGGCUACUCUCAGCACAUCAAAAGAAAGCCCACAAGAUCAUUUUUGCCUGUGACAAGAUAUCAUAGUAGCUUUAGUCCUUCUGCAUAAAUGCCUUGAACAGAUAGCCAUGGUGUAGAUGCAACACGUGUGUCCUACACCUCCAUGUUUCCUUCUUGCAGUCUUGUUCCGUUCUCCUUUAUCACGAGUUCAUAGGUAAAAUCCCCCCCCAUGCUUUUAUAUCCAUGAACAAAUUUAGUGAAACAGAAUUGUCCAUUGUCUAAUACAGAAGAAAAAUUUUAUAGGUUAGAAUGGAUAAGGGGUUCCAUGGACUUUAAAAUGGUACUCAUUUCAAAGAAAGUAAAGGUGCACUGGGAUUCUGAGGACCCACAGAUUUGAGACGACUUUGUUUUUCUUAGCAUGUGUGUUUUCUGUAGCAGGGUUUUCAUAGGUAAGACGAUGCCUUCUUGUCUCUGACAGCUGCUGUUAGAAUUGUGUCUUCAUGGUGUAGCAGGAUUCUUGGUAAAGCAAAUGAGAGCUAUGCUUUUUGAAUGCUUUAGUAUAUUUUGCCUGGGUCUGUCAGCCACAUCAUGUUAUAUCAUAUCAUAUCUCUCUUUGUUUUUUCACUGUCUCCGUUUUCACUGUUUUUUCACUGUCUCUAACUGUGAUUAAGCCAAUGACCUCCCUCACGGGGCUGUUGUGGGAAAUGACUCACGGGUGUGACUGGCUUUGCACAGUGUGACAUUUUGUUUCAUGGUUCAGUACAUUUCACUUGGAUUGUUAUUAAGGGUAAAUUUUCAAAGUAGUGUGACAGGAUAGACAGAAAUCUUUACAGAGCUGUUGGAGAAAAUGACUACUAAUGCUAAUCAAGAGCCUUCACCUCUUUACCUGAAAGACAGCUUUGACUUUUAACCAUGUAACAAAUCUAUUAUUUCAAGUCCUAAACACUGACUCUCUUAUUUCUUACUGUUGAGGACUAAUUUCUAGUAAGUGGAGUAUCAGUUGGGCCAUUCUCAUUGUUGGUCACAAAUUGAAUGCAUAUAGUAUGCUGUGUACUAUGCAGAAAUAAAAGACACAAGCAAAAAUGAGUAUCAUUCUCUCAGUCCACAUUGAAAAUUACACAUUGGAGAACCAGCGUAAUAUCUGUAGAGCAUUUUAUGAGUCCAAACACAGUAUAGACCGGUACUUGAAAUACUUAAUGUUAUGUGCAUUUUAAAAAGUCAUUAGUAAGGCAUAAUUCCUGCGAAAGAUAACAAUUCACAAGAAGAAUUCAGUGGUCUUAUUCUGUACAGGCUGCUAGAACAGAAUACCAUGAAUCACAUUGCUUACAAACAACAGAAACUUGUGUCUCACAGCACAGGAGGCUGGCAAGCCCAAGAUCGGUGUCAGCAGUGUUGGUGUCUGGUGAAGGCUCGCUUUCUGCUUCACACAUGAACAUCUUGCUGAGUCUUCACACAGUGGAAGGGAAAAGGGAGCUCUCUGCCACCUCUUCUGAGGGCACUAAUCCUAUUCACAAGGGCCCCACCUUCGUGAUCUACUUACUCUUCAAAGGCUUCAACUCCCAAUGCCAUGAGGAUUUUAACGUAUUAAUUUGAGCAUCAGAAGAAUUCCAGUUACAGCAUUCUACCCCUCAGCCUCCAAAAUCCCUUUCCUUCUCACAUGCAAAAUAUAUUUAUGUAUCUAAACAGUUUCAAACAUGUUACGCUCUUCCAGCACCAACUGGAAAUUCUCAGAUCCAAAGUCUCAUCUAAAUAUCAUUUAAAUCAGAUGUGAGUGAGUUCAAGAUGUGUUUCAUCUGGAGGCAAAUUGCUCUUAAGCUGUGAAGCCAAGUGAGUCAUGUGUAUCCUAAAUAUUAUGGUGAGAUAAUGUAGGAUUGAUAUACCCAUUCCAAAAGGGAGAUAUGGGAAAGAAGAAAACAUCCUGGGUAAGUCCAAAUCAUAAUAUUUUUGGCUUUCAGUGCUCUCCCUUCCAGGACAACUACGACGGAAGCGUUCAGCCUAGCUUGGUGAGACAGUUCCAUAGCAGCUCUGCAUGGAAGUCCCUUCCCCAAAUGCAGUUCUCCCUGGUUGUGGGUGUUGACCCCUGGUGCCGGUCCUUUGACUGCCGAGGUAGAACGACUGUGUCCUCCAGUCCUGUGUUUUCUUUGUACCACUGGAGACCACAUUGCAGGGACGUCGUGGAAGAUUGCUGCCUGCUCCCUCUGGAGUGGCCUGCACUGCCCCAGGGUGCCUGGUGCUGCACAGGAGUGGCUGAGGAGUGUGGGGUCCCAGUGGGUGGAAGCGGCCUUUGACGUGAGCUUGUGCCAAGUAGCAUGGACCCGAGUCCACCAUGGUUCAGUGGUACCCUUCUUUGAAACUGCUCAGCUCCUUCCUCCUCAUUCUUGUGCUCUGGAUGUGUGAUGGGAGUAGCAAUUCUGAAGAUCUCUCAGUCACUUUCAGUCUUUCUUCCAUUAUUUGGAGAAUAGCUCCUGGCUUCCUUUGAGAUGGAUGAUCAAUACUAGUCUCCAUUUUCAGAAGGUUAUUUGGACACACUCUUACUGUUCUCUUUUCUCUCUAUGAGAUAGGCAGAGAACUGUCCAAGUGUCUAAAAUUAUUUUUGUGCUUAACAAUUCUGUCUUUAAGUAACUUCUUUCUUCUCACAUUAUAAGUAGUCAAGAGGAGCCAAAACUGCACCUUCACCACUUUGCUUAGAAAUAGCUUCAGCUAAAUAUCCAAUUUCAUCACUCCUAAGUUCCACCCUCCAUAAAACCCUAGAACACAAACUUGAUUCAGCGAAGUUCUUUGUCACUUUAUAAUAGGAUAAUUUUCCUCCCACUUUCCAAUAACAUAUUCUGCAUUGUUACACGAGACUUCAUCAUAUGGGCUUUAGCAUUCAUAUUCCUAGAAAUGUUCUGUUUGGGAUUACUAAAGUGUUAUGGUUUAGAUCAAAAAUGCCCCCAAAAGUCUUAUAUAUUCAGAGGUGGGGCUUUUGAAAGGUGGUAGGAUCAUAGAGGUGCUGUAUGCAUCAGUUAACCCACUGAUGAGUUCACAACUUAAGUACUAGGAGAUAGGGCCUGGUUGGAGAGGUGGUCACUGAGGGUGUGACCCGGAAGGUAUCUUGUCCCAGCUUCUGUCUUCUUUCUCUGCCUCCUGGCUGCUUUUUCUGCCAUGCCAUUCUGCCUUGGAGCCAGCCAGCCAUGGACUGAAUUCCCCAAAACUGUGAGCCAAAAUAAAUCUCUCCUUUAGGUUGCAGGUGUUUUGUAUCGGCAGUGGGACAGUGACUAAGACAUCAGGUGUUCUUCAAGAAAACUGAGGCUUUUCCUACAGUUCUCCUUUCUUUCUGAGCCCUCACCUGAAUUACCCUUAACCAUUCAUGGUAACAUAGGCUUUUCCUAGAAUUUACCUCCAAACUUCUCCUUUGCCUGAUUCUGAAGGUGUAUCCACAUUUUAAUUUUUUUUAUAUAGCAGCACACAACUCCUGCUACCAGUUUCUGACAGUCCAUUUGGGCUGCUAUAAUAGAAUGCCAUAGACUUGCUGAAUUAUAAACAACAAAAAUUUAUUUUUCACAGUUCUGGAAGUUGGGAAAUACAAAGUCAAGUUGGUGGCACAUUAGUAUCCUCUGAAAACCUACUUUCUGGCUCAUAAAUGGCAGUCUUCAUGCCGUGUGUUCCCUUGGUAGAAUGGAUGAGGAAAAACUGGGAUUUCUUAGGACACUAAUCACAUUUGUGAGGACCCCACGUUCAUGACCUCACCCCCCCGCAAGGCCUUACCUCCUAAUGCCAUCAUAGUGGGUCUGAAUUUCAACCUUCUAGCCUGGGGGCAGGGACACAAACACUGAAUCUGGAGUGCCAGUGUAGUGUUAGUUCUCAGUGAAUAAUAUUCAUCACCCUAAGGAAGGGUGGGCCCAACUCCACAAAAGUUAAGUACAUCUUUCUUGGGUUCUUCAAAAUGUACAGUAUGAAAAUUCAUGGACCACAAAUAAUGCUGAUUAGUUUAUGUCUCAUAAAUUUACAACCUUGAUAUUGUAUAAAAGACAUCCUUACCAUUUUGGAAAGUUUUCUUUCUUUUAAUUUCUGUUGUCAUUGGUUGUAAUAUCUUUACAAUGUGAUUCUGUUAACAUCAUCUUCUGACUACAGAAAUUUAAAAAUACUUGAGAAACACAGGGAAUAAAGAAUUCUGAACUAUGGCUCUAGAGUAAGAAAGACCUACCCUUAGUUAUCACUCUGCUAAGUGCUAUCUUCAUUAUCUUGCUCAAGUUCUUUGGCCUUUCUAAGCUUCAUUUUCUCAUCUAUAUCCACCGUACUACCCAAUAUGCGUGUGAGGAGUUAAUUGAUUAAACAGGUUAACAUUCAUACUUGGCUCAGUAAAUGCUGGCUGUGGGGGAAUACUGCAAUCCGCAGCCAUUGUUUAUUUUUGAAGAUCUUGUUUAAGAUUUAUCCAGAGAAGGGGAAUGAUUACUGAUAGUACCAGGGGUGAUACGCUUCUGUUUUUUAUUAGUUUCUUGAUACUUACUGAGUGCUGUGAAGUCGGCAUUUUGCUAGGCGCCAUAACUGAUGUGAAUAAGAUAGGCGAGAAAAAGCACGAGGGGUUCUGGGCAAGGCUUUGUGCUUUUAUGGUGUGAUUAAAGCCAGAGACUAAGGAAUGCAUGGAUGACUUCAUGACGCUCCUGGCCACAGGAUUUCCUAAGGAGUUUAUCUGCAGUACCCAGUAGCAUAAUGACCACACCAAAGCGCCCUCUUUACGGUAGCUGUGCAAACAUGAACAAAAUCCAUGCACUCAUUUCUUUUUUCUUUUCUUUUUAUUUUAUUUUAUUUAUUUAUGGGGGGAGACGUUCCGGGG